AUGCUAGCGUCUCAAACACCCAAGUUAUCGACGCCCAGUACAGAUUCGGGCGCUCUUGCUCCGCCAGCAGCCCACGACCUGAACCACUCCGGUGAUUCUGCCGAGCACCAGAUCCACGUGCCCCCAGGGGCUCAGGCAGAACACCAACCCACCCCACAGGACUCUGCGAUGGAAGUAGAUAAACCCGUGGGCAAGACUGUGCCUGAUUUUUAUUAUGAGUGCCACAUGAGGGAUCUGGUCGCUCUGGUCUCGCGGUUUCUGCAGGAAAUCGUUGCUCUCAACGACACAAUUCCUGUGAGCUCGGAAAAUCUCACCCGUUUCCACUCUCGAACGCCCCCUGAAAUUUCCAUUCGCGACUACUUACAGAGAAUCAUUAGGUUUUGUUCGAUUGACCGAGCCAUUCUCAUGGUCGUCAUUUAUUUUAUCGAUGUUCUUUCGCAUUCCUACCAGCAGUUCCAGGUCAACACCCUUACCGUUCACCGAUACAUCGUUACCUCGGUCACUGUUGCCUGCAAAGGGUUAUGUGACUCUUUUUGCACCAACGCACACUACGCCAAGGUCGGCGGCAUCUCCACCGUCGAACUCAACAUGCUGGAGGUCGAGUUUUUAUCUAAAGUGCAGUACAAAAUUGUGCCCCCGCCGGGCCGCCUUGACAGUUACUUCAAGCUAAUGAUGGAGAGAAACUCCGAAGGUAUUGACUUUACAGCAAAAGGCCCGCUUCUGACCGGGCCCUGGGCGGGUCUGAUCCCUCCUGGCUUGGCCCUGCCCGCUGAUCGAGCUUGGACUCCUGAAUCACUGCAAGACACACCUGAAUGUGCCGAAGAAGCUGACUGUUCUGCCUCAAAAGAAAAACGCCGUACUGGGUUCAGAGCAGCCAUGCGUGGCAUGUCCAAGUUUCUCAAUAAUCCCAAAAAACGUCGUGACGUUGACGACGAUGGCAGGCCCAUUGUCGAUAUCACCAAGCGGUCUAAAGCCUAA